UCUCACUUGGUGAACAGGAGCGACCGGCAGCUUCUGCGUCCCGACUGCUGCCCACACAGACCGUGCGACCAGGCCGACAUGGGCGUGCUGCUGGUGUUCUGUUUGGCCUGGCUGGCCUGUUCGGAAGCUUCCGGUGGAGCGGCGGCGGCCGGGACCGAGUCGCAGGGCAGGUCGCUGGCUACGGCGCUCCUACCAAGCCUUAUCGACGCUGCCGUGACUCGCGCUCCAGCCUGCCGCGACCCCGUCGGGACCACGGGCUACUGCCUGAGCCGGGCUGGCUGCCGGGCCCAGAGGGGCACGGCCGGCGCCCCCUGCCGCAAGUCGGGCUCGACGCGGGGUCUCUGCUGUCUAGUGGACAGAUGCCCGGUGGAGCCCCCAGUGGCGCCGUUCGGCACCGUGCGGGACCUCGUCACCAGGACCAGCCUGGCCCAAGCCCUACCCGAGUACAAGAGCCAGCUUAACCCCGGCCUCACCCGGGCAUUAGAGCCAGCUUGA